UAAUGUUAAACGUGUUUCCCAAGUGUGGCCGCCUCACAAACCAUGUGAACCUCGUAAUCUAAUAAUAACUCCAUCAUAAAAAUCUAACUUGGUAAAUACUGACAUCUCAAAGCUUAUAAAUGUACUUCAACUUUUCUCCUCCACAAAUGUACCCAUUAGAGCAAAAGGCAAAAGGCAAAAGGCAAAAGGCAAAAAGCUCAUUUCUUCACCUUUCUUUCCCUGUCUUUCUCUUUUAAAGCUUGAAGCUUCUGCUCAAUUUCUCAUCCAUGGCAAGAGCUCUGUCAAUUGUCAAUGGCAACCCAAUGUUCCAUGUUCGUUGCAGACCAAAUCCCAGUCGUCCAUGUCCUUUGGUAUUGCCUUAUAGGCCUCUGAAAGUUACCAUGUCAUGCAACCAGUCUUAUUGGACCUCCAUUAACGCAGACAUUGAAGCUCAUCUCAAGCAGGCUAUCACGGUAAGAGAACCUCUCCCUGUUUUUGAGCCCAUGCACCAUUUGACAUUCUCCGCCCCUCGAAGCACUGCACCGGCGUUAUGUGUGGCUGCCUGUGAGCUGGUUGGUGGCCACCGGGAUCAAGCUUUGCCGGCGGCAUCCGCACUUCACCUCAUGCAUGCAGCUUCUUUCACUCACCGGCAUCUUCCAUUGACAGAAAGCUGUAGGCCCAAGUCCACGAUUCAACAUGCCUAUGGCCCAAACAUGGAGUUACUGAUAGGGGAUGCACUGGUACCAUCUGGUCUCGAACUAUUGGCCAAAUCAAAUGAUCCAACGCAAAAUAACUCGAACCGGAUUCUACGUGUGAUGGUUGAGAUCACACGUGCCAUAGGUUCUCAAGGAAUGAUUUAUGGACAGUACUAUGAAGUAGAACUUUGUCAAUCGGACAAUAAAGGGUCAUCUCACAUUGGUGAGAUCGAACGUCUCUCUGAGAAAUAUGAAGGAGCAUUGCAUGCCUGCGCAGCUGCCUGUGGGGCAAUAUUAGGACGUGGAAAUGAAGAGGAAAUAGAAAAAAUGAGAAGGUAUGGUCUAUACAUAGGAAAAAUACAAGGAUUGAUGAACAGAAUUGGAAGCAAUGACAAAGAUUUGAAAGUUUUGGUGGACGGGCUCAGGAACUUGGCUACCAAAGAAUUGACAGGUUUCAAUGAGGCAAAGGUUGAAGCAAUAUCUAGUUCUUUUGAGUCUAAUCUGAUAUAUGCUUAGGUCUAAGGUUUUUCAUGUGUGGAGAGACAUAAAACAUAGGACUAGACAUGAUAAUUCGUAUAUUUAUAUUAUGUAAAAAUAUUAAUAGUUUGUAUUUUUAUGUCAAAUUUUAUAUAAAAAUUAUG